UUCUGCUCCUUUGUCGGUCUUUCUCUCUCAUCUCCUUUCAUCUUCAUCCUCCAAAAACAAACCAUUAAUUCUCUCUCCUCAACUUUCAAGCACCAACAAUGGUGGAUUUGCAACCCAUCUCAACUCCCAGUAUUAACAGCAACAACACUCCUUCUGAACAAUCUAGCACUCCAUCUUCUACUUCUCCAACAUCUCCUCUCAAUACAACUUUUCCCAUUUUACCCCAUUUUCUAUACCCACCUUCAUCUUCAACCUCUUUUACUCCUUAUCAUUUACAGCAAACCAUGUUUUUUUACUUUUACCCUUUUUACUCUUACUUUUACCCACAAACCACCGUGUUUCUCGGUGGUCCCCACUUUCCAUCAAUGGUCGCUGACACGCCGGAAAACCUCCAUGUUCUACCACCACCGCCUUCAUCAGCUCCGACAAGAGGGUCUUAUUAUCGGAGAAGAACAUUCCAGAAGAAUCCUCGGACAGUAAAGUGGAGUGAGUGGAAACCUAAACAGAAAGUGAAACCUAGGAAAUCGGAAAGACAUGCAAGUGGAAGUGGGUCCCAGUACUCACACCCUCGUCUUCCUCCACCACCUUCAUCCACCCACUUGGCUGACUGUACUACUGUCAUGGUUAAAAACAUUCCCAACUUUCUCAGUAGAAGAGAAUUGAUUGAUCUGCUGGAUCAACAUUGCCGUCAACAAAAUCAAGAUCCAAACUCAUCUUCUUCUCAAUAUAAUUUUGUAUACCUUCCUUUCGAUUUUAAAUAUAAGCAAAAUUUGGGGUAUGCUUUUGUCAAUUUUACUACUGAGGAAGGUGCUUUUAAGUUGCAUUCAUGCUGGAAUGGAGAGGGCUGGACACAUUCAUCAAAAACAAGACAAAUAACUCCUGCUAAAUUACAGGGGUUAGAGAUGAAUAAGCAACAUUUCCGUCGUUCUAUAUUCCGGUGCCUGUCGGAAGACUAUCUGCCGGUGGAACUCUCUCCGCCUCGUAAUGGUUUUAAUGCUGAUGUUUGCAAGAUUACUGCAAUAGGUGAAUGGCUUUAUUUCAACGACGCUACUAUUAACUCAAGUGUCAAGAGGUGGAGGGUUAAAACUGUUUAGGCUAAGUCACUGAUCUUUCCUUAACACUCGUUCUUUCUGCUUAUUACUUUAUCAUGUUGUGUUUUAAUUGAUCAUGUACUGAUGUGUAGUAGAUUUGUCUUAGGUUGUUCCUUUUUCUUCAAUAAGUGGAAGAACCGUGUUUUCGUUCUCUCCCUUGUGGUUGAGAUUGAUCUGAGUAUCUGACUAGGGGUGAAAUGGAAACAUGGGUUUAAGUCUAACCCUUGAUUUUUAGUUUUAAGGAUUUCGUUUAAGAUUAGAUUAAAUGGUGUCAUAUAUGCACUGGUAACAUUUGCUAAAUGUUGUGUACACUAGUUUGUAAUGCUAAUCAUGUAC